AUGAUCGAAAAGGUGCAAGUUAUGCUCACCGCAAAAUUUGCCUGCUUCUUCUUCUUCUUGGCUCUGAUUUUAUUUGGUAGUUUUGGAGUGACCAAUGCAGGUGAGUCGGGUUUGGGGAGGGGGAGAUCUUGAAUCAGGCCUGGUUAGGGCAUCUGGCAGUUCACGGGCUUCGAAAAGUCGGGCCAGGGGAAUUUUAAUUUUUCAAAUAUUUUCCUGGAUCAUUUUUCAUCCAACAAAAAAAUUGAACCAAAAAACUUUCUGAGAAAAAAAUUCUCCAAGAGAAAUACAAAACACCCAAUUCCUUUUGCAGUCUUCGUUUCGAGACCAAUCAAAUGUUUUCCGAAUUUAAAAACUUUUCCCGCGCUUGGUCUCGAAACGAAGACUGCAUUCGGUGUUUUGUAAUUCUCUUGGAGGAUUUUGCCUCUCUCUCUCUCUCUCUCUCUCUCUCUCUCUCUCUCUCAAAUUGCAAUUUUUCUGAUUUUUAAAAGUCCGUGCUCUUUCUCAAAUGAUCUACGAAUUUCCAAAAAGCUUCAACAUUUUUUGUUCCUCUAUAAAUCACUCGAAAAAAUAACAGAUCCUUCUCUGCGUCUCCAUUUCUUCACACUCUCUCGCUCGCUCUCAAAACAAUUUUAGUACAAUUUUUUAAUGCACACAAACAAUUAAUCAAAUGUUUUUUGUUGUAUCUAUGUUUUCAAAUUGUCCACCACCCGUUCAUUUUUACCCCGCUUAACUAUAUAGUCAUCGAUCAAUCAUUUAUUUUGCUCUGAUUGUGAGAGAUAGUGUGGGAUAUGAGGAGAGUGCAGACGAUGAGCAUUACACAUUUUAUGACGACCUCAUGCUUUGGCACCUUUGUGUCAGAUUUUUUGAGGAAGCAAAAAUUGGGUGGAUCUGGGGAGAAAUUGGGAGAGAGAUGAAAUGAUCAAGAUCAAAUCAAAUUCUGACAAUGAAAUCAAUUUCAGAUUGUCAAUGGAAUCAAACAAAUGUUGUGUGCACUGAAAAAACAUCUGAGGAUCCACUGAAAAAGGUGAGAAUUUUUAAAUGAAAAUAAUGAGACUGGAAAAGACAUACAGUAAUUUUGAAAAUAUUUUUUUUGAACUCCGGAAUUUUAAUUCCCAAAAUUUGACAGUUUCUCUUUAGAUUUUUUAUAACCAAAAAAGUUUUUCUAAUAUUUUUUGAACCUCCAAAAAAUUACAGAGAGUUUGUUCUGUAACCAGAGAAAAGUGUGAGGUUUAGAGAAAAAUAUUUUUGAUCUACAAGAAAACGUUUUCAAAAACUUUUUCACUGUGAUUUUAAGUUGAAAUUCCAAAAAUAUUGAAUUUCUCAAGGAUUACUGUAGCAGAUCUGAUAUUUUUUAUUGAGAAGCUCUAAGAUUCCAAUCUGAAAUUAAUGAUUUUCUCAAAAAAAAACCUUAGAGUUCUAAAUUUCCUGAUUUUAUCUGGAUCUCGAGAAAAUUCUCUCAUAGGUCGAUUUUCAGAUCCCUGCGCCUAAAACUUUGGACACUAUAAUUGUUCACAAUGCAAAAAUCGAUCUCACAGAUGAUUUAUUCAAUAAUGGUUAGUCAAAUAAUUUCCCUAAUUCACUUCUUUUCCCAAUCUCCGGAAUUUUCAGAUCAAAAACUGUCAUCUGUGAGUCUUCUGGAUCUUUCGGGAAAUAAAAUUCAACGAAUCGGUCGACGUGGAUUCGAUAAAACACAAAAUGUUGAAUUUUUAUAUUUAUCGAAUAAUUCGAUUAAACAAUCGCAACCUGAUCCAUUUAUGUCACUUGGAAGAUUGAAAAGACUUGAAAUGAAUAAUGCACUUGGUGGAGAUUUUGAGGAAAAUGAGGCUUUGCUUCGCAAUUUGUUCCAUUCGAAUAAUGAUUUUGCGGAUUUGUCGGAAAUUCAAUUGAACUCGAAUAGAAUCAAGAGUUUACAUCCAAAGACUUUCUGUGGAGUGAGUUCUUAAAUUUUAUAGAAAAGAAUUCCCAAUUCCCAAAUUUUGCAGGUAAAGGGAUUAACGCGUCUCGAAUUAUCGCAAAAUAAUUUGGAAAACUUGGACUUUGCCAGAAGAUGUUUUAAAGAUCUCAAAGGUUUAUUCAUGGCUGCCAAUAAUAUUAGCACAAUUCCUCAAGAUAUUUGGGAUUUUAUGCCAUCUCUAUCCUCUUUUGAUAUUUCAAAUAAUCCGAUUCAUUGUGAUUGUGCAAUUGUGGAGCUUCUCAAAGCGGAUGAUGUUAGCUUCAUCAAUCAGGUGAGGGUUCUGUGCGCAGAGGGUUGGCGUUUCUUCGAAAAACCUUGACAGGCCUACAAUUUUCCUGGAAAAUUUCAGUUUUAGAAAAAAUCUAGCCCGUGUUUUUCCUUAAAAACACAAUAAAACAAGCAAAUGCGCUCUAAUGCACAACUUUUGUGUGUGCGUUUUCGGUGACGACUAUUUGCAGACUUAUUUUUCCAAAAGAACACCAACCUUCCAAAGUUCUGCAAGAAAUUGUGCACUAGAGCGAAUUUUCUUGUUUUGUUCCGUGCGUUUUUCAAGGAGCCUGUGUUCCUGAGGUAUUAUCGAAAAUCUCAUCGGUACGACGCGUCCCACCAAAAUAAACACGCAACGCAGACCGCGUCGCGCCACAACACCCACAAAUAAAGGAACGAUUCAAAUUCCCUCCUUUAUUUGUGGGUGUUGUGGUGCGACGCGGUCUGCGUUGCGUGUUUAUUUCGGUGGAGCGCGUGGUAUUUUCGAUAAUAAACAAGUUGUAGAAUUUAUGAAACCUUCAAAAAUCACAUUCAAAAAAUCUUCAUUCAUAUUUUUCCAGGGAAACACAUUCUGCGCAUCACCGCCAGAAUUAAAAGGAAAAAACGUAUUCGAGCUUCCCAACGAUUUCUGCAAAUCAUCAAAAUCAUCAAAAGGCUAUUCAUUCUUCAAUUUCCUGAUUCUCGCUUUAAUAGCUGCCGCAAUCUUAUACCUCUAUCGAAAUUAUCGUCAAAGAAUGUCAUCAUAUUAUUCAAAAACCGUAGUUGGCUAUCAAAACAUCGAACCAAAUGUGCAACCAGAAUUCGUCUAA